AUGCGUUCUGCCUUCCUCAGUUUGGCUGGAAAUCAGAGUCCAUGCUUAGUGGGUGCCUACCUCCAGAGCGUUUGCAUUCCGAACUUCAGUGUUCCAGCUUUGCCUGCAGGGAAUCAUUACAAUGGACCCGCGCUCAAUACUGCGAAUAAUUGUGCUUGCAGCACAGUCACCUAUUCACUGUUGAGCGCCUGCGGGACAUGCCAGAAUCGCACUAUAAUCCCGUGGGCUACAUGGAGUGCUCAAUGCUCGGAUUCAAUGAAAAGCAUCGCAUCCUACCCCAAUGAAAUCCCCGCAUUAACCUCUGUUCCAUCAUGGGCUUACUUAAACAUCGAGGAGACCAACGAUAUAUGGGAUUUGCCUCGGGCCCAAGGUCUCGUUGGUGCCCCGGAAUCAACUGGUUCCCCUAUCCCUAGAUCAACGGCAACCGAAUCGACGACGACUGCCACGGAGGCACAAAACACGUUUUCUUCUGGAGUCCCAACACCUACAACGGCUGCUUCUCAACGCAGCUCAGGCGUUAAUGCGGGCGCCAUUGCAGGCGGUGUAGUGGGCGGUGUUGCAUUCUUGGCCAUUGUGGCUGUGAUAGGCUUCUGGCACUCGUUGCGGAAGAAGCAACGCAAUGACGAGACAGAGGUCAAUGUGUUUGAAUCGCACUUACCGACCAGUUCUACGACCCCUUACAAUACUGCCGUGGCCUCGGGUUCGGUCAUGCGAGAAACGCCAGGGCACCGAAGCCAACAAGGUUCAAUCGUAUCUCUGAAUACUUAUUCACCGCCCAUCACAGAUCGCACGAAUUCGAGCAGUUAUUUCAUGUCUCCAACGUCGCCUGCAACAUCGGCUGCUUAUACGACCUUCGACCCGUACGCACCUAGAAGGUCUCUGGAUAACAUGCGGCCCAAUCGUGGUUUCUCCGGGGCGCCAGAAAUCUAG